UGGAAGUUAAAACACUAUUUAUUUUACCGAUAAAUAUGUGCUAAAAUAUUUAAAACCCAUCUUUAUGAUUUUUUUUAUUAUUUAUGAAAUUACGUGUACAGUCGUGUCUCGGUGACGUCGGAGAGUCAGAUUGCCAGUUGUCUGCAUAAUUUAGUGUCUAGUGUAACAUAAAUAAUGGCAAAAGGAAAAAGAUCGCUAGAUACGGGAGUUACCCAAUAUCAGAACAAGUCAAAAUUUCCAUUAGCUGCAUUCAUAUUUGUAUUCUACGUUGCAAUGUUACAAGGAUGGCGGUUAAGGGUGUCGAAGCUGUUCCUCAUUCCCCAGCGGUAUGUCCUCGGUAUCAUGGGACUGCUGGCUGUUUGCAACGCGUAUACCAUGCGCGUGUGCUUGAACCUCGCGGUGACCCAGAUGGUGAAUAACACCAAGAACGAUGAUUCGCACUUCGAUCCCGAUGCAUGUCCUGAUGACAGCGAAUUAUUAAUUAAUGGAACAGUUUCGCUUAAACCUCACGCCAUAUUCGACUGGUCUGAGUCUACCCAAGGGCUUAUUCUAAGCGCAUUUUACUAUGGAUACGCUAUAACUCACGUCCCUGGUGGGUACUUAGCCGAAAGAUACGGUGGCAAAUGGACUCUUGGAAUCGGUCUUUUGAGUACAGCCAUAUUUACUUUAUUAACUCCUAUUGUUGUAAAGGCUGGAGGUGCUACAUGGCUGUUUGUACUUCGAGUUUUACAAGGCAUGGGCGAGGGUCCAACGAUGCCCGCUCUGAUGAUCGUGUUAGCUCGAUGGGUCCCACCGCAUGAAAGGUCACGACAAGGCGCUCUUGUGUUCGGUGGCGCUCAAAUAGGCAAUAUCUUCGGUUCAUUUAUGUCGGGUGUUUUAAUGGCGGGAGGUGGAGAUUGGGCUAAUGUUUUCUACUUCUUCGGUUGUUUUGGAAUAUUAUGGUUUAUUGCUUGGAGUAUAUUCUGCUACAGCACUCCAAACACACAUCCAUUCAUAUCAGACGAAGAAUUAAAAUAUCUAAAUGAAACUGUCACCAGCGCAGAAAAGGCUAACGUAAGGGAUCCUGUACCGUGGAAAGCCAUUGUCAGAUCUGUUCCGGUUUGGGCACUUUUAUUUGCUGCGGUUGGUCACGAUUGGGGUUACUACACAAUGGUAACAGACCUGCCCAAGUACAUGACAGAUGUUCUUAAGUUCAACAUUGCAACAACUGGAACACUGACAUCUAUCCCUUAUCUGGCCAUGUGGAUCAGCGCCUUUAUAUUCGGCUGGGCUUGCGAUUUCUGUGUUAAACGGAAAUGGCACUCAAUUAAGACAGGAAGAAUCAUCCAUACAACUAUAGCUGCAACUGGUCCCGCCAUCUGUAUCAUAUUAGCUUCCUACGCUGGAUGUGAUCGCUUUGCAGCUGUCGCGUAUUUUAUAGCAUCGAUGGCUUUAAUGGGCGGCUUCUAUAGUGGCAUGAAGGUGAAUGCUCUGGACUUGGCACCUAACUACGCUGGUUCGUUGACUGCUAUGAUCAACGGAACGUCGACCAUAUCAGGGAUUAUCACUCCUUAUCUAAUAGGGCUAUUAACACCCGACUCAACAUUAGUUCAAUGGCGAUUGGCAUUCUGGGUGUGCUUCGCGGUGCUCGUUGGGACCAACGUAAUAUACUGUAUAUGGGCUGAUGGAAAACAACAAUGGUGGGAUGAUGUACGUCAAUACGGAUACCCCGAAGGCUGGAAACAUGGUCCUCUCAAAACUGCUAACGAAGACAAGGAGCGAAGCAAAAAGAAAGAAGCAGAAGGAACAGCGUUAUAGGAAAAUAUAUUUUUGAGUGCUAAUAGUAGAGUCCAUAAUACUUACGUAUUAUAUGUUCCUUUAAACAUUAAAUAGCAUUACGCUAUAAUGUUUUUAAGAGCUUAAGACAAGAAUGAGCGGAAGUUUGAACGUUUCGCACGUUUUUAAUUAAGUGGGGUUAAGUUAAAUGGAAGACAAAGGACGCAAGUAUAUCUAGACCCUAUUGUAUUUAUAUUAUAAGUUAUACUUUGUUAGAAUUUUAAGAAUGUACUUACCAUUUUAAAUAAUAGUUAAUAAACGCAAUGUGUACAAUUCUCAUAGUGCCAUUUUGUGAUAACGAGAUUAAUGGUGCUUUUAAGUUGAUUUUAAAUUUAAUAAGAGACACAAGAUUUUUAUAAGAAAAUAAAAUAAAUGAGGAUGAAAAA